AUGAAAGUUCUUCUUAUGGAUCGGAACUGUUGGGAGUUUAUAGAUGGAAAACCUGAACUACCCAAGGACUGUACUGCUCAAGAGACUAGAGACUUUAAUUUUAGGAAAAUUCGGUCAUACACUUCAAUUUAUCAAAGUAUCGAAAGGCUGUUUCAAUCUUUAAUAGCACAAACUAAUGAUGGCAAAGAAGCAUGGAAUAUUCUCAAAACGAACUUUGAACCAACUUCGAGAGCGAGAAUAGCCGGUUUGAUCGAUGAAUUUUAUGAAAUUCGGUUUAAACCAGAUGAAGAAACAAUUGGAAUUUACUGCAAAAGACUAGUUGAAAAACGUGCUGAAGUUAAAGACGCUGGAUUCGAAAUUCCGGAAUUACUGACUUGUUUUCAAAUGAUACGAAGGUUACCUGCUGAAUACGAAAAUCUCUUUCAGUAUUUGUAUCGUCUUGAUGAUGGAGAAUUUACCGCUGACAAGCUUGAAUCACAGCUGAUUGCAGAAUCUGGUAGAAUUCAACAGAAGCAAAAAGAUAACGGAUUUCAUCAUGUAGAAAACGCAUUUUCAUCGGAACAGAAGCAGCUUCAGAAAUUUAAUGGUGAGCCAAGAACUGGUGAAACUGACUGUAAAAACAAUGGAGCGGUGCAGUGUAAAGCGAAGAACCAAAAUAAUUCUAAAACCGAAGGAAGAAACGCAAGUGACUAUCAAACGAAUCAACAUAGAAGAAAUUACGGGAAAAACAAAUUCAACAACUAUCGCCGAAAGUUUCCUGAUGACGAAAAGAAUACGAAAGGUAUGUUUUACAGCGAAGCAGAAAGUAACUCGAAGGAAGAUAAUUUAAAAAUUCAAUCAACAAGUACAAGAAAGGAACAGUUAAAAUUGGACGAAUUCCUCCUGGACAGUGCAUCAACUUCACAUUUUUGUUUUGAAAAAUCAUGGUUCGAAAAUUAUAGAAGUUUGAAAUCACCCACUAAAGCUUUGAUUGGUGAUAAGAAUUGUGAGUCCGAAGUCCUGGGAAUAGGUAAUAUUAUUUUUUACAUUCAAGAUAGGAAUCAUUUCGUGAAAGUUAAAUUGUUAAAUGUAUAUUACGCCCCUAAUAUGAGACGUAAUUUAAUCGGGGGAGCUAACUUAGAUUUAGCAGGAUAUAGAAUAAAUUGGGGAAAUGAUAAAAUGAUUGUGUGUAAUGAAAAUAAUGAAUAUUUUUUUACUGUAAAUCGAGUUAACAAAUUGUACAUUGUUUAUGGUUUACCUGAAUGCCGCAUAACUGAAAUUGAUAGUAUUGAAAAUUAUCAUGUUAAAGUGGAUGUAAAUUUAAUUCAUAGACGUUUCGGUCAUGUUAACGUACCCUUGUUAAAAACAAUGAGCAAUCUUAAUUGCGUAAAAGGAAUAGGGGAAAUUAAAGCAAAAGUUGAAAGAGAACAAAAUGUAAAAUUAAAAUGUGUUAGGACAGACAAUAGCUUGGAAUUCUGUCCUAAUCAAUUUAAAGCCUUUUUAGCCAACUUGGGAAUUAAAGCUGAAAGAAGUUCCACUUUUACACCUGAACAAAUGGGGGUCGCAGAACGCUACAACAGAAGUGUAAUGGAUGGUGUUCGUUCUAUGUUGCACGAUAGUGGUUUGCAGGAAAAAUUCUGGGCAGAAGCUUUGCAUACAUUUGUAUAUAUUUCUAAUCGUUGCAAACACAAAAAUUCGAAAGAUAAAACACCCAUAGAACUUUGGACGGGAUACAAACCGUCAGUUAGACAUUUCAAAAUAAUUGGAUUACUAGCUUUUGUGCAUAUUCCGAAAGUUAAAAGAAAUAAAUUACAAGCAAGAGCCCAAAAGAGUAGUAGAAACAAUUCACGUGAAAAUAGACGAAUGUAUAGGAACGGGGUUCGUGCUUCAUUUGGGAAAGAAAAAAUGUGUGAAUACGUGAUAUUUAGAGACGAAGAGGAUUUUACUGAACCUAUUUCUUCAACCGCGAAAGCUAAAGUUGAACUUAGAUCACAUUCUGAUGACGGAGGUGAAAAGUCACAAACACUUGAAUCAAUAAAUUGGAAAAGAAUAGAAAGACCUAGUAAAAUGAGCAAACAAAUUGAUGUUUAUUAUUUCUCUCCUUCAGGGGAACGUUUGAGAUCUAUAUACGAUGCGGAAACAUUUUGUGAGAGGGAAAAUGUUAAAUUUGACGAAGAUUUUUUUAAUUUUAAACCAUUAAAAUUAGUUAAUAUCAAUGAGUGUUCUGAAACAAGUGAAGUUAAGUUUUCAGAGGAAUCAAGUGAUGGGGACGAAUUUUUAGACACGGAUUUUCAGGAUGAAAUUCACGCUGUUGAAAUUCCAAAAUCAUUUGAGGACGUUCAAGUAUCACCUGAAAAAACUGAAUGGGAAUCGGCAAUGUCUGAUGAAAUUCAGAUUUUGAAUGAAUGGGAGGUAUAUGAAAUUGUUGAUCGCCCACCUAAAGCAAAAAUUAUUGGUAAUCGAUGGGUCUAA